CUGAGGCAGAAGCUGAUCAGUCUCAGCAGAGAGACAGACAGAGAGACAGACAGGUAGGUGCUGGUCGGUCUAUCUGACGGAGGAGCCGUAAACACAAGCAGCCAUGAAGAACGAAGGCAUAGAGGGGACGGAGCGGUUCCUCAGCCCGGGCCAGGGCCGAGGCCUGCGGGCGCUCAGGCACUUCUCCGUGGGGGAGCUGGUGUUCGCCUGCCCUGCCUACGCCUACGUGUUGACGGUGAAUGAGAGGGGAGCGCACUGCGAGCACUGCUUCACCAGGAGGGAAGACUUGUUUAAGUGUGGCAAAUGUAAGCAGGCCUACUACUGCAAUGUAGACUGUCAGAGAGGAGAUUGGCCCAUGCAUAAACUGGAGUGUGUUGCUAUGUGUGCCUAUGGGGAGAAUUGGUGUCCAUCAGAGACGGUCAGACUGGUGGCUCGAAUCAUCAUGAAACAGAGAGUGACGACAGAGCGCACCCCCUCAGAACGGCUGCUACUGCUCAAAGAGUUCGAAUCGCAUUUAGAUAAGAUGGACAGCGAGAAGGACGAGAUGAACCAGACGGACAUAGCAGCACUGCACCACUUCUACUCCAGACACAUCAGCGACCUUCCUGACAAUCAGGCUCUCACUGAGCUAUUUGCACAGGUUAACUGUAAUGGUUUCACCAUAGAGGAUGAAGAGCUCUCCCAUUUGGGAUCAGCUGUUUUUGCCGAUGUAGCACUGAUGAAUCACAGCUGCAGUCCUAAUGUUAUAGUGACCUAUAAAGGCACUGUGGCUGAGGUCAGAGCUGUCAAAGAGAUAAACCCUGGAGAUGAGGUGUUUAACAGCUACAUAGACCUGCUCUACCCUACAGAGGACAGGAGAGAGAGGCUGUUAGAUUCCUACUUCUUCACAUGUCAGUGCACUGAGUGCACCAGCAAGUCUAAGGACAAAGCAAAGUUGGAGAUCAGGAAGCUGAGUUCUCCUCCAGAGCCAGAGGUGAUCCGGACCAUGGUCUGUUAUGCCAAGAAUGUCAUCGAGGAGUUCAGGAGAGCCAAACACUACAAGACCCCUAGUGAGCUGCUGGAGAUGUGUGAGCUCAGCCAGGAGAAGAUGGGAGCUAUAUUUGCAGACACCAACGUCUACAUGCUGCACAUGAUGUAUCAGGCCAUGGGUGUCUGUCUCUACAUGCAGGACUGGGACGGAGCUAUGACCUACGGAGAAAAGAUCAUUCAGCCUUACAGUGUUCACUACCCAGCCUACUCUCUGAAUGUGGCGUCUAUGUAUCUGAAACUGGGACGUCUAUAUUUGGGGCUGGAGAAGAAGCCACAAGGAGUCAAAGCUCUGAAGAAGGCGGUCGCCAUCAUGGAGGUGGCUCACGGGAAGGAUCACAACUAUGUAGCUGAAGUCAAGCGAGAAAUUGAGGAGCAGAAGUAAUGGAGGAGCAGCAGGAGGAACAAAAAGAUUAAAAAGAAAGGAGCUGGAUUAAUAAACUUCUCCGAAAGCAACAAAAACACACUUCACAACUGCAUGCCAUGCAUCUUCUAGCUCUGCGUUUGUCCUCACCUUCUCUAUUGUUUUCAUGCAGAGCUUCUUUUUCCACAUCUACUGUCUGCAGAUUGUGUCUGAGGACGACCGUGUCCUGUUCCUGCACCCCCCUCUCUGUCAGCCCUGGAGUUACACACAGACGAAUUAGGGUAAAAAUGUUUAGAAUGGAAAAAGUAACUGAAAUACUUUGUGUGUGUGCUGAAGCUGAAAUUUAAAAAAGAGCGAGAAAAAGAGAAACUCUAAGACUGCCUUUAAAGCUGUCUUUUAGAAGAUACUAAGCCUUCAUGUGACAGCUGCGUAUACUCCAAUGCCCAGUUUCUCUUUCCUUGCGUGACUGAAAUCAUCCUCUGUGUUCUGUGAGCCCAUCAACACACUGUUUCACCACCUUCUAUGUCUUUAGCAGCAGUUGUGCUUCAGAGCAGUUGUUACAUAAUGAGGACUUGUGUAGUUAUUAUGAAGGGCAUUACUACUACUACUUCACUUCUUCCCAGCCAAUGCAUUUUAAUUCUAUCCAACAGUUUGAUGCUUCAUUGAUUCUUCUUUAGACUGUGAAAUAAUGAUGACUGACCAUGCAUCAAUGACUCUGUAGCAAAUAGAGAAGAGAAUGCAAAGAACUAUUCCUGAUGACUCGGCAGAGGUUGGAUUGGCUUGUCUUACAGAACGUUUUGCUCGUGUUGAAGAAACAAAAAAUGUUGCAUGUUUUAUUGUUUAUUUAUGUUGUGUGUUUUACCUUUUUUUUUCAUAUGAGGCUUGUUGACCAAAGGGGCCACAGGUUUAACUGACAAGGAACCAGCUAUAAUUCUCUAUUCACAGUGUAUCCUUAAACAGGGGCGCUGAUCUGAGACCAGGUUGCCCUCUUCAGUCACAUUGAAGACAUUGGUACUAUGGCUAACCAGUGAUCCUGGAUCAGAGCCCCUCUGCUCUCAGGAAAAAGGUGCAACACUGUAGCUUUUGUUGCCUUUUGUCAAGAGAUGCAUUAUUGUACCUUUUUUAGUGUUUUCUCUUUGCAUUGUGAAUCCAGAUGGUCAUUCAUUGCCCUGGGAAUAAAAUCACCUUAGCAGCAGUGGACAGAAUAUUAACAUGCAGUAAAUAUUGAUAGGACACACCUUUACAUGCAGGGGAUAUCAUCCUCACCAUACGCAUUUAUUUCAUUCACUCUUGUAUUUUAUAAUCAACAGUUAAUCAAUGUUAAUUAAAAAGGGAAGCGCAUCUCCCUUUAAUCUGCUUUAGUACAGUUGGUUUUGACUCUUGUAAGCUGAAGAGACAGAUCAUUUAUAGAAACAUGUAACAACAUGGCAACUUUUUAAGGAAGCAUUCUUUUUAACCAAGGCACUCAACACUCAAGAAAAAUAUCAUGAGAAAGAAGAGGAGCAGUUACAGGUUGUAGAACAUACAUACAUGUGUUCUCUCUGCUGUAGAUCAGACUCAAUCAUACAGACAUUUAUAUAGAAUCAUUAGACAUCUAAGACUAAGCAUACAGGGGGUGAAAAGGCUUUUAAAAAGUUGAGGCAAAGGCAAGAUCAUCACCUGGGCCUUAUUUAAGGGUUCUUGUUGCACUCAAAUUUUGUACAAUUUUUGAGACAAAAUGAUGUCAAAAUGGCAAAUAUGUAAGCACAUUUCCAGUUUCUGUUAGUGAAAAGUGUCUUCACACCGUGUACCACCAGAGGAACUACAGACACAGAUCUCAUUAUUUUGUUCUUCUUAAUGCCUGUAGCUUUCCCCUCUUGUUUACUAUGGAUGCAGUUGUAUGCACCACAUGAAUGUGGGUUACUGAGGGUUAGAAAUAUCCCAUUGUUAAGUUGCCUGUGCUCAUAUUUGUAGCAACUCCUGCACAGGUGGCCCUUUUUGUCACCUGCAAAGAUGCAUCUAGAAGGUGCCUGCCUUACAGGCGACUCUGUCCUGUUUUUGUGUAUGUUUUUACAAAGAAAAUACACAUUAAAUGAGGGUUUAUUAGUUGGUUUGCACAAGCCAUAAACCCUCUGUUUGCCAGAUCUCUUCAUUUUAUUUCUGGCCAGGCUCUAAGAAUAUGCAUAUGAUUUAUUUUCCUGUUUCUUUGAUGUCAUAAAAGAAAACCCAUGACACAAGGGUUAAAAAAUCUAAAUUCAUACUCAUGCUGCAUGUUUUAAACCAGAUGAAACACCUCCCAGAUGGCCAUUUCUGUAAUGAGCUGUUACUUUAUCAGGCAUGAAUGUUUAUUCUGUUGGAAUGCAUAACUUAAAGCUGAGCCUUUGAUUUUUCUGUAUCAUGUCCGUGGAAACUCAAUAAAUGGCAGUAUGGCAUGUGCUUUGAUAAA